UCCCUUCGUCGCUGACGCCUGGUUCCGGCGUCUAUUGUUUGGUGUCAAGUGAUAUUCGUAGUAGGAUAAGGUUGAAUAAGAAGAACCAUUGAUCAUCUUGUGAUUUUCCUUCCUAUUUCGUAGCCGUAUGGAGGAAUGGCGGGUAGUGGGCAAGUGGUUGGCUACGUACCUCAAGCCAAUUAUGAUGGACAGAUUGAACCGACAAAACUUUUACGUUUGCGCGUGAUAGGCGGAAGUGGUUUAGCAAAAAAAGACAUCUUUGGUGCUAGUGAUCCUUAUGUUAAAAUUGAAUUAGUAAAUAUAAAUAGCAAUGGGGAAGAAGAUAAUGUUGUUGAUUGUGUUCAUACAAAAACUAAAAAGAAGACUCUAAAUCCAAGAUGGGAUGAAGAAUUUAUAUUCAGAGUUAAACCUUCAGAUCACAAGCUUGUCUUGGAAGUGUUUGAUGAGAAUCGUUUGACAAGGGAUGAUUUCUUAGGUCUCGUGCAGGUGCCUCUAAUCAAUUUACCACGAGAAGUAGAGGGAAGACAACCCCCACAUAAACACUAUCGUCUAGAACCUCGAAGCUCUCGAUCUCGUGUUAAGGGCCACCUGCAACUAUAUUUAGCGUACAUAACUGAAGAGGGAGGCUCAACUGGUAGUGGAGCAUCAGGUGAACAGACUCCUGAGGAAGCUGGUUGGGAGGUUGUCAGUAUUGACAACAGCACAGGGCAUGAAGAAGCUCCUGCACAGCCAGUGUUAGUGCCUAAUGAUGGCCAGAGUCCACUUCCGGAUGGUUGGGAAGAACGACAGGACGCAAAUGGCCGAACAUACUAUGUAAACCAUAAUGCUCGAACUACUCAGUGGGAGCGCCCUACUAGUUCACAGGGAACUAAUGAGCAGGAGAGAUAUCAGCGGUUGGAAUCUGCUCAGAAUGAAUUUCGAAAUGAAUUCCGUCGCCGAUUCCAUAUAUCUGUGGAUGACAAUGAAGUCUCCAGAGGAUCUGAUAACGUUCUGCAACGGCAACCUGUGGGAGGAGAGGGGGAUGAUGAAGACGAUGAUGGUGAUGAUGAUGGUGAGGAGGAGGAGGAUGAGGAUGAGGGAGAGGAAGAUGAAAAUGAAGAGGGAGAACACCAUGAAGAGAGACAGCCUCGCUUUGAGGAAGUUGCCUCAAAAGAGAUUCAGGAGGCUCAAAAAGCGACCUGUCAGCGUCAACCCUCCUCUCCGGCCAGUACCCCCGCAACCCCUACCACUAUCACCAACAACUCAGUCACCAGUAAUGCACCCAAGCCACAGACAACAACACCAACUAGUACAGAUGAAACACUACCUCGAGGAUGGACGAGUCAAGUGGCGCCAAAUGGCAGGGUGUUCUUCAUUGAUCAUAUUAACAAGCAGACAACAUGGAUAGAUCCCCGUUUCUGGUAUGCCAGCUCUCCGCCCAAUCAACGCCAUGCUAAUAAUUGGAGACACGAAGAUGAACUUGGACCAUUGCCUGAAGGAUGGGAACAACGAGUACAUUCUGAUGGAAGAAUAUUCUUCAUUGAUCAUAAGAACCGCACAACAACUUGGGAGGAUCCACGUUUGCUCAACCCAGCGAUUGCAGGCAAAGCUAUUCCUUAUUCAAGGGAUUAUAAACAAAAAUAUGAGUUCUUCAAGUCGAAGAUCCCCAAACCUACCAACGUUCCUAACAAAUUUGAUAUAAAGGUGAAAAGAAGCAACAUUUUGGAAGACGCAUUUUUGGCAUCAAAGCCAAGUGGGAAUCGUGUUGAUCUUUUGAGAACCAAGCUGUGGAUAGAAUUUGAUGGCGAAGUUGGGUUAGAUUAUGGUGGUGUUGCUAGAGAGUUCUUCUUCCUUUUGUCAAAAGAGAUGUUCAACCCUUAUUACGGCCUGUUCGAGUAUUCAGCUACGGACAAUUACACCCUUCAGAUUAAUCCAUACUCUGGUAUGUGCAAUGAAGAGCAUUUACGCUACUUCAAGUUUAUUGGCCGAGUAGCUGGAAUGGCUGUGUACCAUGGAAAGUUAUUAGAUGCAUUCUUCAUAAGACCCUUUUACAAAAUGAUGCUCAGCAAGCCUAUUGAACUCAAGGACAUGGAGAGUGUAGAUUCUGAAUACUACAACUCUUUGUUAUGGAUCCAGGAAAAUGAUCCAGCCGAUUUAGAUCUAACCUUUAGCGUGGAUGAAGAGUCCUUUGGCCAGACAUCAUCUCACAGUCUUAAAGAAAAUGGUGCAAACAUUCCAGUAACUAACGAAAACAAGCAUGAAUAUAUUGAGCUAGUGAUCAAGUGGAGGUUUGUGCAGCGUAUUCAUGACCAGAUGGAGGCCUUUAGAGACGGUUUCAAUGAUGUUAUUCCCAUCUCGCAAAUCAAAAUUUUUGAUGAAAAUGAACUUGAAUUGCUGAUGUGUGGCAUUGUGUCCAUUGAUGUAAAAGAUUGGAGAGCUAACACAGUUUACAAGGGUGAAUACCAUCCCAACCACAUUGUCAUCCAGUGGUUCUGGAGGGUGGUUUUGUCCUUCAGCAAUGAGAUGCGAGCGAGGUUGUUGCAAUUUGUCACUGGUACUUCACGUGUGCCUAUGAAUGGCUUCAAAGAAUUGUAUGGAAGCAAUGGACCACAGCUUUUCACCAUUGAAAUGUGGGGCGAGACUAAGAAUUACCCUAGGUCUCAUACUUGCUUCAACCGUCUGGAUUUACCUCCUUAUCAGUCAUAUCAUGAACUACGAGAGAAGUUGAUCAAAGCUAUCGAGGGAACUGUUGGCUUUGCUGGCGUAGAUUAAAUGGAAACUCACAGGGUUAGAGUUAUUGGAUGACAAGCUUUAGAAUUAAAUAAUCUACAUAAGAUUUGAAAAUGGAUUACUUAAAACAUAAAUACAUAUAUAUUUUUUGACAUUUAUGACUGCUACACUCAAUUUACUUUGGAAAUAAGCACAGUAUGAAAAACCAAAAUUUUCAUAUUGGACAAUAUAACACACGUGAAUAUGAUGGCCUUGAUUUUUCUUUGAGUAAGGAUUUAUAUGUAUUGUGCUGUAAUUUGAUGUGGUAGGUAUUUACUGUAUCAUUAUUAGUUCAUUGUUUGUGUUAAAAAUUUUUGUAGCUUAUGUUAAUGUAGUUGAUGUAGUUUAUAAAACAAAAACUGUGAACAUACUUGUAUUAUAUAUCUCACAAAAUGUUACAAAGUCAGAUGUUGAUUUUUGUUAGGUCUCAGGAUGCACAGCAAGUGUAGCUUGGUGCAUCUUGGAAUUCGGUCCUUGUACUCCACAAGGUUAGUGAAAUGGGAAUCUUAUGAUUUUGUAUCAAUAUUAUUUAUAUUUUUCUUGCUUUCACAAACUAGUGUGUUAUUAUAAUUAUUAUUAUUUUUUUAUUAUUAUUAUUAUUUUAUUAUAUUAUCAUCAUUUUGAAACCCAUAGUUUAUAAGUGGAUUUGGGUGUAAGUGGAAACUAAUUGCAAAUGUGAUAUACUACAAAUGAUAGCCAUUGUUAAGAAGUUUACUUAGAGUGGUUAAACAAACACUUAUGGUUAUCAAAGAGUGAUAGCGAUUAUUGAAUUUUAUAAAGAUGAAUGGUUGUUAUUUGAGUUUGAGAUUAUAAUAACUGGUUAGUAUGAAUGUCUUUGGUUUUUAUAGAGUAUAUAUAUAUAUCUACAACACAUAACUUUUAAUUUGAUUGCUAUAUAUUUGCAUUACUUGCAUGUAUAUACUGUAUUAUUCUCUCUCUCAGUGUUAUUAGUACUGUACUUCUCUCUUAUUAAUAAUUUGCACUAGAAUUAUUGGAAUUUUCCCCUUAACAAAAGUCUAGUAAUUAUUAUCCUUCUUUGGUGGAAUCCUUUAUUUUUAAUUUUGUGCAAUAUCUUAGUUUAUUUGUACUUCUUGGUAGUCUUGAAUAUGGAGAAAUAACUACAUACUAUGCAUGGUCACUUACUGGUAUAUACUGUCCAAUAACAGUUGGACAUGUGAAUUGUUAAUGUAUACCUUCAAUGGAUUAUGUUGAAUGUUGUACUAUAGCACUGUACAUUGGAGAUUAAAAUAUUUAUUUAAAAUAGUAUAGGUGUUAUUACCUUAUUCCACUCUGGAGGAUGAAAAUUUUGUAAACAAACAAAGCUGGAAAUGUAGAGAUUAUAUGAAUUGUUCUUCUCUCCAAAUUGGUUGUAAGCAAAAAUAUUAGUAAAGUUUAUUCACUUUUGAACUGAAGUUUGUUUACAUUGUCAUAUGGGGCUCUCCAUACUGCAUAUUAUAUUAAAGAAUUUGUGAAUUAUUUUUCCUAUUCGCUAUGCAGUAUUUAAGUCUGGCAUAUGUUUCUGUCCACUCUUCUCAUUCUUUUGGUGGUGGUGUGUAUUCUCUACAGUGAUGCCUAUAAUAUAUAGUUCUGAGAUACCAAGACCUUUUCCUUUAUUCAGAUUGCAACAGUUUAAACUAAUUUGUGAUACCUUUAUAAAUAUAUACAUACAUAGAUUUUUAUGUAGUUGGAUAAGUAGGAAUGGUGUAAAGCUGCAAUUGCUUGUGACUAUUGCGUUGUUUCUGAUAUUAGUUUUAUAAGAAUGUUGUGAAAAAUGAGCAUAUCUCAGCUCUCAGCUAUUCCAGAUAUUUUGAUAUGAGAUAUGAUUAUUGUUUGAAAGCAGCAUAAUAGGAUUUGUAUGUUUCCUUUACUUUCAGUGUAUGUUGGGGUGUACAAAUGUGAGUGUAUGUUGAAGUAUGUAGACUUAUAAAAGACUUAUGUGUUGGUUGGGUGCUCCACAGGCUUACUGUGCAUGGUUAAUUUUUCUUUUCAUAAUGUCUUAAGCUCCACAUUGAUUAGAAAAUGAAGGUCCGUUACACUUACAACACAUCUCUUCUUCCCCAUGUGCUAGGUGUAAUUGUUUGAUAGUUUACUAGCAUAUGGUAAGAUGACAUCCAUCUUGAAAGAAAUACAUUCAGAGUUACCCAGGACAAGUGGUUUACUUUGGUUUUGAUGUACUAAGCAUUGGAUUGGUUGUUAUAGAGAGUUUGGAAGUAAGCUGGAAUUAUUUUAGUGGAAAAUAUAGGUAAUUCAAUGGGUGUUCCUCAAUUUAAUCAGAUGGCCAUCAGUUGUAAAGAAAUAAGCUGUAAGUCACUAUGGUAAUGAAAAUAAUGAUUGGUUAUCAGUGGUUUUCUAUUAUAAAGCUAUGCCUGUACAUGAAGCAUUUCAGUGUUCUAUUUAAUGCUAGAGCCUAAACUUUUUCUUUCAAGAAUUUUGAUGGACCUUUAUUCUCUUUACCAACACGUACAACAAACAUACAAAUUCAUUUUCUUCAGCCAUAUUUUGGCUCAUGAAAAAACUUCAUCUUUGAAAUGUUUGUGUUGGUAUGCCCUGUAAAGAGAUUUUCUCAUCUAGUUGUGAUAUUUGAAUCACUUACUCUCUGUCCAUGUGUGGAUAAGUAUUUUGCUUUAUCGAGACGUCCCAUCUAUCAAAUGCAAAAGGACAUUUUCACAUAGGCCCUUGUUAAUGCAAAAGUAGGUUUUCAUGAGAACAAAUUAAACUUCAUUUAAAAGUUGAAAUUUGAUAUAUCUGUAUAACCAGGACUUCUUGUGUGAGGAACAUUUUUAGGCAAUCAUAUAAGAAAUGAAAUCUUUGGAAGCAUGAUUUUUUUUACAUUAGGGUAUAUAUUGUUAUUAGCCUUCUUUUGAUUAUAAUAAGAUUUAAUUAUUGGAAAGACACUAGUUUUUUCCCUUCUGAAAUUGUGGUUGUAAUGUAAAGUUUUAAAAAGUAUUGACAAGAAUGUGAAAACUACUUUUGCAUUAAUAUUCUCUUCAUUUAAUAUCUUCUAACAUAGACAAAAACAGAAGCACAGCAAAACAUUGGAUUGGUCUCUUCAUUUCUAUAGAUACUAUAUGUAUACUUGUAAAUAAAAAGAAUUGUGAAUAUAUUUUUAUUCCAGACUUGAUUAUCAAGAAAACGUUGUAGGAAAUUUGUUUGGAUUCUACAGUAUGUAUUUCAGAUUGAAAAGAUGUGUUUUUCAUAAUCUAAUUUAAUUGGGUUAUGGUGGGCAUUUAAGUAAUAAAUUUAAAAAGUCCUUCACAGGCUUUGCAUAUAAUUCAGUGAUUAUUAGAGUCAUAAUGUUACUGUAGGAUGAUACAUCAAAUGAGCCCGUGCUCUUCUGAUUAUUGUGACGUGUUAGCAAUUAGAUACUUUUAAGAAUUUUGUGUGUAUACUCUGUGGUAUGCAUUUUGUCUGAAUCUUUUUCCUAUUUAGGGCUAGGUAAAUGACCAAUUGUAUUAGCUAUUCUAGGGCUAUAUAAUGAUUUUAUUACUGUACUUUAAAAAAUUUUAUACUCGUAGACUUUUAAUAUAUACACAAACUUUUGAUUAUAGGUAAGCCUAGGCAGCUUCUGUGCAGCACAAGAGCAUUUGUGGUUUGCUGUUGUGCUUCACAGUACACUUUCAGAGACAUUUCUGCUUGUUAAUGAAAUAGGACAAACCAAUUCUUGAUCACCUGUUUGUUCAUUGUUUCAUUGCUUCUCUGGCAUAAUGAUACAAAAAAUAUGUAAGUCCAUUGUAAGUCCAUUUCCCUUUAAGGUUUUAGAAAUCUGUCCCACGUUUCGUAGGGCGACCCUUCUGCAAGUAUGACUGCUUGUGCUUAUGAUUUCAUAUUAAAGGAUAAAAGUUUUUUAGACUUCUUAUUCCCUCCCCUGUUGUGGUCUAGCAUUUGUCUGUUCAUCAUGACUACAUUUUUCUGUGGAUGGCUUAAGGCUGCUGUGGUCUCUCUCUCUCUCUCUCUCUCUCUCUCUCUCUCUCUCUCUCUCUCUCUCUCUCUCUCUCUCUCUCUCAUUUUUAAAUAUUGCAGUAGUAGUUUACUAAUCCUGUAAUGUUAAUGAGUAGAGAGUUGUUGUUUGAUUUUAUUUUCUUUUUCAGGGAGAUUCAUAGUUUGUAAAUUACUGUAGUUUCAUUCCCCUCUAUUUUCACUUACCACAUAUUGUAAUGUCAUUCUCUGUGACCCUGUCUUUUUAUCACUUACAUAAUGCUCUUCAGUGCUCAUUUUUUUCAUGAUAUUUUGUAGUUGUGUGUCACAUCAAACAUAAUUAGUUUGAUAUACUGUAUUUAUAGUUCAAGAAGGCAUGUGUGAUUGAUGGUCUUUUUACUGUUUACCAGAGGUAUCAGUUAUGGAUUUUUUUUAUCCUUUUGUUUAAAUAACCACACCACCUAAAGUCUUAAGUUUUCUGCUGGCCUUAAUCCUUUCUAUAUUUUUCUUGUUAUAUAUAGUGUUUUUUUCUUAUGUAUGAUUAUUUUAAAGACAGUGACCGUCUUGUACUUUCUAUAUUCUACUGUAGGUGAAUACAUUGUCAGUGUUUGUCAGCAGUAAGUAUAUUUUAAUUUUGUAAUCUUAACAUUCCUGUAAGCUAAAUAUAAAACCAGUUGCUCAGA